CCACUCAACAUUUUUCUUGAAACAUUUUGAAUGAUAGCAUGAUUAGUUAAGCUGAUAGUUGGGAAGGACCGCAAUCUGUUGAACUCAUUCUAUUUUAAGUCUAUCCUGAAGUGCAUUGCUCUUCACGUAUUCAAUAAUUGAUACUGCUUUAAACCUGCCGACACUUGUUAUUGCUUGAAAAAGAAAUCUGAACUUUCUUAUCUGUCAACAGAUGCAGUUCCAAUUUUACUGAUAUAAUUCUUCUUCUUUCUUCAGUUAAAAGUAUAUCUUAUCAUUUGUCUUUCCAUUUCUGUAUUUUGCCUGCUUAGGAUAGGAGGCCAAAGCGAUGGAAGAAGAAGCAGCGGCAAGAUUACUGCUUUCUGAAGAAAACUUGGACGAAAAUGCUUCGUCUUCAUCAAUCACAUUUAUGCUUGUCUUCACCACUUUAGUCAUUGUUUGUGGUCCUUUCGUUUAUGGAUGUGCUAUGGGAUACUCAUCUCCUGCUGAAUCUGGAAUCUUGGAUGAACUGGGCCUUUCUACUUCAGCUUAUUCACUAUUUGGCUCAAUGUUAACAAUUGGGGGACUAGCAGGUGCAUUAUUUUCUGGAAAGAUAGCAGACCUUAUUGGGAGGAGAGGUGCAAUUUGGGUUUCAAAUGUAUUCUCUAUCAUAGGAUGGCUUGCAAUUACAUUAUCAGAGGGAGCCUGGUCACUUGACCUUGGAAGACUAUCGGUUGGAAUUGGAUCUGGGAUAACUUGUUAUGUGGCACCAACUUAUACUGCAGAAAUUACACCCAAGAAUUUCAGGGGAGCAUUUAUAUCAAUUAGUACACUUAUGGUGGGUUCUGGCAUGGCACUUACAUUUAUCAUUGGUUCUAUCUGUAGCUGGCGCAUCUUGGCUCUAACAGGAGUUAUUCCAUGUGUGAUUCAGUUUCUUGGUGUAUUCUUCAUUCCAGAAUCUCCCAGAUGGCUGGCAAAAGCUGGUCGAGAAAAAGAGCUGGAAAUUGCUCUCCAGCGUUUUAGGGGAAAGAAUGCUGAUAUUUCUUUUGAGGCUGCUGAAAUCAUUAAUUUUACACGAGACUCUAGUCAGAUAGCAGAAGAUGGAAUUAAAGAGUUGUUUCAGGGGAAAUAUGCUUAUGCAAUUAUUGUGGUUGUUGGGCUAUUCUUCCUGGCACAAUUUGGAGGGCAAUGUGGCUAUACUUAUUAUUUGAGCUCUAUUUUAGAGUCAGCUGGUUUCCCUACUGGUGUUGGGUCUGCAGCAGCAAGUAUUGCUCAGAUAGUGGCCAACAUUUGCAGUUUGUUCUUAAUUGAUAAAUAUGGAAGGCGACCUCUUCUGCUGAUUUCUUCAGUUGGAAGCUGUUUAGCUUCAGUCAUCACAGGAUUGUCCUUUCUACUACAGGACUUCAACUUGGGGAAGGAAUUCACUCCAAUUCUAGCGCUUACAGGAACAUUGACAUACCUGGCGUCUUUAUCAAUAGGUUUGGCCGGAAUACCAUGGACUAUAAUGGCAGAGAUAUUUCCUGUAAAUGUAAAAGGUUCGGCCGGAAGUUUAGCAAAUGUGGUCAACUCUUCUGGAAGUGCGAUUGUUGCAUACACCUUCAAUUAUCUGUUUGAUUGGAGCUCAGCUGGUGUAUUUUUUAUAUAUUCAAUCAUUUCCGGCUCCGGUAUUAUAUUUGUUGCAAAAAUGGUACCGGAGACUAAGGGGCGAACACUUGAGGAGAUCCAUGCAUGGUUGGUACCAAUUAAGGUAUAUCUUGUCUUGAGUUUUUCCAUUCCUGUCUUUUUGCAUGAUUGGAGGGCAAUGGAGGAAGGAGCAAUGGCAAGAUCAUUACUUUCUGAAGAAAACUUGGAUGAAAAUGGUGGAGUUGAAACUUCUUCUUCUUCUUCUUCACCUAUCACAUUUUUGCUCGUCUUCACCACAUUUAUCAUUGUUUGUGGUUAUUUCAUUUAUGGAUGUUCUAUAGGAUACUCAUCACCUGCUGAAUCUGGAAUCCUGGAUGAAUUGGGCAUUUCUACUUCAGCUUAUUCAGUUUUUGGGUCGAUAUUAACAGCUGGGGGACUAGCAGGUGCAUUAUUUUCUGGAAAGAUAGCAGACCUUACUGGAAGGAGAGGUGCAAUUUGGGUUUCAAAUGUAUUCUGUAUCAUAGGGUGGCUUGCAAUUAUAUUAUCAAAGGGAGCCUGGUCACUUGACCUUGGAAGACUAUCAGUAGGGAUUGGAGUUGGGAUUAUUUCUUAUGUGACACCUACUUAUAUUGCAGAAAUUACACCCAAGAAUUUAAGAGGAGCAUUUGCAUCACUUAAUACACUUAUGAUGGGUUGUGGCAUAUCACUUAUGUUUAUCAUUGGUUCUAUCUGUAACUGGCGUAUCUUGGCUGUACUGGGGGCUAUUCCAUGUGCAAUUCAGUUUCUUGGUGCAUUCUUCAUUCCAGAGUCUCCCAGAUGGCUGGCAAAAGUUGGUCGAGAAAAUGAGCUGGAAAUUUCUCUCCAGCGGCUUAGAGGAAAGAAUGCUGAUAUUUCUCUUGAGGCUGCUGAAAUCAUUGGUUAUACACAAGACUUUGGUCAAAUAGCAGAAGAUGGAAUUAAAGAGUUGUUUCAAUGGAAAUAUGCUCAUGCAAUUACUGUUGGAGUUGUGCUGAUGUUACUGCUACAAUUUGGAGGACAAAGUGGCUAUACUUUCUAUUUGAGCUCUAUCUUAGAGUCAGCUGGUUUCCCAAGUGGUGUUGGAUCUGCAGCAGCAAGUAUUGCUCAGAUAGUGAUGAACAUUUGCAGUUUGUUCUUAAUUGAUAAAUACGGGAGGCGACCACUUCUGCUGGUUUCUUCAGUUGGAAGUUGCUUAGCUUCUCUUGUUACAGGCUUGUCCUUUCUACUACAGGACCUCAACUUGGUGAAGGAAAUCACUCCAGUUCUAGCUCUUAUAGGAAUAUUGGUAUAUGUGGCGUCUAUAUCAAUAGGUUUGGGAGGAAUACCCUGGAUUAUAAUGGCAGAGAUAUUUCCUGUAAAUGUAAAAGGUUCAGCUGGAAGUUUAGUGACUUUGAUUAACUGGUCUGGAAGUUGGAUUGUUGCAUACACCUUCAAUUAUCUGUUUGAUUGGAGCUCAGCUGGUGUAUUUUUUGUAUAUUCAAUAAUUUCUGGUUUAGGUGUUAUGUUCGUGGCAAAAAUGGUACCAGAGACUAAAGGACGAACUCUUGAAGAGAUCCAAACAUCAUUGAUUACUCAUUAAUGUCUAGAAUCUAUAGGAUUGAUAUUCUUUGAACAAAAUCAAGCAUUGGAAUUUAGUUCAAUCAAAUGAUCUGUUACCUUUUUAUUUUCAUAAUAGAAAAUUGUUCUCUGUAUUGGUUUGCUUAA